AUGGUUGACCCUGGGCUAGUUCAUCCAAGUGCAGGACCUGUUCCGAUUCGACUCCAGGAGGUAAUUCGUGAAUACAAUGAGGUUUUAUUUUCUUCUAAAAUGUGCAACCGACUAGAAUUGCUGGAACUGGAGUGUUGGAUGCCAUUCCUGAGACUGGUACGGAGUAGUACUCUUGCUGCCAAAGGGAAAACUCUGAAUUAUAUUGCGCCUGUGUGUACUGAGAGUAAGGUCAUUCCUCAGUUGCAACAGGUUGAGGUGGACAAAUGCAUAGAAAAAUGGGAGAAUGCAGUUGUGAUGUUUGUGCUAGGAGAAACCCCAACUAUUGCUUAUGUAAUGAGAUUUAUGGCUAAAGAGUGGAACCAUGUUGCUACUCCUAAGGUUUUCUUACAUGAUGAUGGAUACUUUUUUCUGAAUUUUAACACCGUGGAUGAUAGGAAUGAAAUUCUGUUUGCAGGACCUCAGUUCUUUUUUGGUAAUCAUGCAAUCAUUAAGCGUUGGUCAGCCCAUUUUAGUUUUCAUGAUGAAGUGUUAAAAGUGAUUCCCUUGUGGGUGAGGUUUCCCAAUCUUCCUCUCAACUGUUGGGGGGAAGACUCCCUUAGUAGGAUGAGUAGUGUAAUGGGGGUGCCAUUAUUUGCUGAUGAGUGCACCACACAACAGAUGAGAAUUUUCUUUGCUAGAGUACUCAUUGAAGUAGAUAUUACCAAGCCAUUUCCGUCUAGCAUUAUUGUUGCUGAUGCAAAUGGGAGGGAUUUUAUCCAACCUGUUAUCAUGAAUGGAAGGCAGCAUAUUAUAAGAAAUGUUGUCUUGUUGGUCACAAUUGUGAGAAUAAAAACAAAGAGGGUCCCUAAGAAGGUUGCUUCAGAGGUUGUGCAACAACUUCCUACUGGUGGUCAUGUAGUUGUCCAUACUCCUAUAGGUACUACUUCAACUGUUCAGUCUGGAGAUGAUGCUGGAUGGAGAUUGAAUGCUAGGAAGACCAGGCAAACAUAA